GCCUCGGGUUCGCGUUCAUCAAAGGAGGCACUCAGCCUCGGCCUCGGUCGGAGCUCGUCUCACCUCUGUGAGUGCUUCAAACGCCGCCAAACGCAGCCCGCCUUGCAACGGUGCAAUAACGACUGGAAACACUUCCUAAUAUUCUACCACUGAAUCACUCUGUGCGUCGAUAUGACUUCUUUCGCGAUUCUGGGGCUCACGUUUGCCAUCGUCAUUUUAUCUCGAUUCCUUCUGCCACAAGUACAGCGCACCAUACGUAAGUGGAAGGCCGUACUGUACAUUGGGUGCAGAGAACCUCCGAGAUAUCACCAUAAGGACCCACUUGGACGAGAUCUAUUCCGGCGUACCAUCGAGGCAUACAAGGAACAUAAGUUUCUCGACUUCACAGAGAGGCUCUUCCAAGAGCACGGCAACACUUUCAAGACCAUUACUGAAGGCAAAGUCUUGAUCAAGACUAGAGAUCCUGAAGUUUCGAAAGCAGUUUACACCACGUUUUUCGAUAAAUUCGGUCUACAGCCCAUUAGGUAUGAGGGCGGCAAAGGCUUCUUUGGUGAUGGAAUACUCGUAACAGACGGAGCGCAGUGGAAGCGAAGCCGAACUCUAAUACGACCCGCCUUCGAUAUCGCACACAUCGCAAAUUUCAAUCGCUUAGAUCGCCAUGUCAGCCGAUUUCUGGAGAUUCUGCCACAAGAUGGCUCCACCAUUGAUCUGUUGCCUUUGUUCAAGAGGCUUACUCUUGACCUCUCCAGCGAAUUCAUAUUCGGUAAAGCUAUGGACGCACUCUCUUCUCCCGAAUCUUGCAAGGAAUUUAUCACGGCCUUUACGACUGCUCAGCGAGGUGUCGUCAUGAAGCCCGCCGCUCGCGAGAAGAAUUGGGAAGCAUCGUGCCAGCUUGUCACUAAAUACGUGGACGACCGCGUAGAAGAAGCCAUUGAACGCGCCUCCUCUGCGCAGAAAAUGUCAGGCGGAAGCGCGAAGUACGUCAGGUUGGUAGACGAGCUAGUCAAGGCCACCCAAGAUAGGCGUGCUCUUCGAUACCAAGUCCUCAGUGUCUUCAGUCCCGCCCACGACACUGUCGCUGUCACUCUCGGAAACUUAUUCUUUCACUUGGCUCGAAAUCCCCUAGCAUGGGACAGGCUAAGGCAGGAGCUAUUGCCCACAGCUCACCAUCAUCGCCAGUGCCUAGAGACCUGCAUACUACCAUGUGGCGGGGGAGCCGACGGAAAGCGCCCGCUUCUCGUCGAAAAGGGCAAUAUCGUUGAAACAAACUUCCGACUCAUGCAACGUGGUAAGAGUUAUUGGGGGGAGGAUGCAGAAGAGUUCCGUCCUGAGAGAUGGGAGAAUAUCCGACCCACUUGGGAGUAUACUCCCUUUUCUGGCGGGCCACGUAUAUGUCCUGCGUUCAAGCUUGUUUACACUGAGUGCGAGUAUAUCGCUGCGGCGAUGUUGAGGGAAUUCUCGGGACUUGAAAAUCGCGACUCGGAACUUGCGUGGAUUGAAGAAAGGCGCUUGAUCUUCCAAAGCAAGAACGGGACGUUAGUAGGCUUGCGUCGGUGAAAAGCCUGUGUCCAGCCGGAGUAGUGUGUAUGAGAUGGGUUUGGCUGUGGGAG